CCGCCUAAUGAUCGUGUCAAACUCUAACCCCAAACCUUCAAAAAUAAAUCAACGUUUCUAUUGAUUACAGUUUUCUCAUUGUAAAAUUGUGAUGGCCAAGGAUAACAAAGAACCAUGCAAGAAGCAAGCAUGUGACAUUCAAGCUUGUUUAUCCAAGAACAAUUUCAAUCCUCAAAAAUGCAUCCAUGUUAUUCAGAAACUUCAAAAUUGCUGUGAAUUGUGCAACUAUGAUUCUACCCAUUGUGCGUCUCUUUCUGGUCUUCUCAAGCAGUAUUCCAACAGCUCCAAUUCAUGAAGAGAGUAACAUGCUGACUCUUAAAGUGCAGAGUAGUGAGUCUUGCUGGAGUUGCAACCUUUAUCACUCUAAUGAAACCAAAUAACAUGCGAGAAUGGUUCAUAAUUGUGAAUGUCAGCUUGUAGAAAUACAAACAUGAAGCCAGUACAAUUGUGAACUUUGAUGAACAUCUUAUGUCUAUUGAGUCGUCUCACAAAUGCGCUGCUUGGAAUGCUUCUGGAGGUAGAUUUUUUAAUUUGACAGUAGCUCAUUACUACUGAAUACUGAUGAGGUUAGUUGAAUGAUAAAUAUAACUUCCAGCAACUGGUUAAGUUGUACCUCAAAUAUAUGGGAUUUUUUCUUUAUGCGCUGAUGCUGAAAUUUUGUCCCUGUAUUGUUUUUGUCAUCUUAGAGCCUAUAACUCUUUUUCAUGGGAUUGAUUUGAAUUAAAAGCACCAUUAUUUAUCUGAUGAUUGCUAUUAUUUAUUUUGACAAUUGUUCAUAUAUUAUGGUUGUGCUUGUGCCAGAAAGAAUUAAUCUAAAGUCUGCCUUUAGUGAGAAUAAACAUUUAAGGGGAAAUAAAAGUCAAACCUUGAAAAUUAAAGGUAGGAAGAGAUGGGUUUAAAAGGGGAGAUGAAGUAAAGAUUAUACUUCACAAUGGUAUAAGAAGGAUGAACUAUGAAGAAAUGGGUAAAUUGUCAUCUUUUGGUACAGUAGGAGGCAAAUAUUUCUCCACCAUCCCACUAGAAUAAAUAUUGACUCAAAAUUGAGGACCUAUUUCUUGCCCUUGACAACAAUUAUAUUCUCUUAAUUUUAGUCUCUAAUAGCUGUAUUCAUAGUUUGACUUUUAUUUCUCCCAUAAAUAUUUAUUCUCAAUAAAAGUAUGAUUUAUGUUGAAAAUGGCACAUUUGGUCUGUAAAAUUGAACUUAGUUCAUGCAGCCACAUCACUAUAACAUGGUGUUGAGUUAUUAUUCCAGAACAGAUUCUUCAUUCUCGUGUGUAGAAAGUGCAAGCUACAGACGAAUAAAAAUGUUCUUGUUGUAAGUGGAGCAACUAGAUUAAUGUCCAAUUAGUUUAGUAUGAGUGAAGCACAAAAGUGUAUUGAAGUCUGCAGAGUUUUCAAGUUGAGUGAGAGUGAAUCACACAGCAAGCAUUCUUUGUUUGCGCUUACGUUCUGCUUCUGCCAAUCAGAUGGCACCUAUUGUAGGAAGUAUCCUUCUAACAAUUAUCCAUACGUUCUGUUUCUAGUAUGAAAUAUAGAGCCUUAGAGCCGACCCCAGAGGACUUAGUAAUGUCAUUGUGUCAAUAUACGAGUAUAUCAUAGAUCAGAUCAAUUAAAAUCUACAUCUGCUAACUUUGUCUUGGGUUGCCUUCUGUUUUUGAAAAAUGGUGAUUUUCUAGCUUUUUAUCAUCCACAGACCGCAUGGGCCCAAUAUUUGACACUUACUGUGACUUUAAACAAGAUUUGUAAGCCAUGACCCAGGACAUAGCUAAGGUUAUUUUUGCCCAGGAGUUAUUCUCCAUCUGCACUUACUCACUGAUUCAAAGCAUUGACAGAUGAUCAUCUGGAACAUUGAAAUUCAAUUCAGAUCACAAGCAAAAAAUAUUUCAUAUAUUUGAAACUACUAGUAUUUUUUUCAACAGAGAAAACUGCUAAAGCAUGAAGCUGGAGAAUGGGAGUUAACUGUUAAGAGAUGCUGCAAUAUCAAUG